AUGGCUCCGAGCCUCUGCCUCUGGCCCCUGCUGCUGCUGCUGCUGCUGUCUUGUGCAGUUACAUGGGCUCCUCCAGGGCCUCGGGCCCUGGACCCUUUCCUCUCCUUUCUGAAGUCAAUGCUCUCCACCCUGGACCAGGUGCCUCAGGGGUCGCUCAGCCGUUCCAGCUUCUCUGCAUUCCUGGCUAACAUUUCCUCUUCCUUUGAGCCAGGGCGGAUGGGGGAGGCACCCAUGGGGGAGCCGCCGCCGCCACUCCAGCCCCCCGCCCUGCGCCUCCACGACUUCCUCGUGAAGCUGAAAGGCAGCCCCGACUGGGAGCCCAUGCUCGGGCUGCUGGGGGAUGUGCUGGCCCUGCUGGGGCAGGAGCAGACCCCCCGCGACUUCCUAGGCCACCAGGCAGGUGUGCUAGGUGGCCUCGCAGAAGUGCUAUUGGGAGCCUUAGUUCCCGGAGGGCCUCCUACUCCCACCCGGCCCCCAUGCAGCCGAGACGGGCCCCCUGACUGCGUCCUGCAGGCCGACUGGCUUCCUUCUCUGCUGCUGCUGUUGGAGGGAACGCGCUGGCAGGCGCUGGUGCAUGUGCAGCCCAGCGGCGACCUCGCCAAUGCCACCAACCUCCACGGGAGGGAGCCAGCUCCCCUUUUGCAGGGUCUGUUGGGUUUGCUUACCCCAGCGGGGGAGCUGGGCUCGGAGGAGGCGCUCUGGGGAGGUCUGCUGCGCACUGUUGGGGCCCCCCUCUAUGCUGCCUUCCAGGAGGGGCUCCUCCGUGUCACUCACUCCCUGCAGGAUGAGGUUUUUUCCAUUCUGGGGCAACCAGAGCCCGAUACCAACGGGCAGUGUCAGGGAGGCAACCUGCAGCAGCUGCUCUUAUGGGGUGUUCGGCACAACCUCUCCUGGGAUGUCCAGGCACUGGGCUUUCUGUCUGGAUCGCCGCCCCCGGCCCCUGCCCUUCUCCACUGCCUGAGUGCGGGCAUGCCUCUGCCCAGGGCUGCCCAGCCCUCAGCCCACAUCAGCCCUCGCCAGCGGCGCGCCAUCUCAGUGGAGGCCCUCUGCGAGAACCACACGGGCCCAGCACCGCCCUACAGCAUUUCCAACUUCUCCAUCCACUUGCUGUGCCAGCAUGCCAAGCCUGCCACCCCGCAGCCCCCUCCCAGCACCAUCGCCGUCUGCCAGACAGCCGUGUGGUAUGCAGUCUCCUGGGCCCCCGGCGCCCAGGGCUGGCUCCAGGCCUGCCACGACCAGUUUCCCGAUGAGUUCCUGGAGGCCAUCUGUAGCAACCUGUCCUUUUCAGCCCUGUCUGGCCCCAACCGCCGCCUGGUCAAACAGCUCUGUGCUGGCCUGCUUCCACCCCCUACCAGCUGCCCUGAGGGCCUGCCCCCCGUUCCCCUCACCCCAGAGAUCUUCUGGGGCUGCUUCUUGGAGAAUGAGACUCUAUGGGCCGAGCGGCUGUGUGGGGAGACAAGCCUGCAGGCUGUGCCCCCUAGCAACCAGGCGUGGGUGCAGCACGUGUGUCAAGGCCCUACCCCACAUGUCACCGCCUCCCCACCUUGCCACAGAGGACCCUGUGGGGAGCGUUGCCCGGAGGGGGGCAGCUUUCUCAUGAUGGUCUGUGCCAAUGAUACCAUCUACGAGGCUCUCGUGCCCUUCUGGCCUUGGCUGGCAGGUCAGUGCAGGAUAAGUCGUGGGGGCAAUGAUACUUGUUUCCUAGAAGGGCUCCUGGGCCCUCUUCUGCCCUCUCUGCCACCCCUGGGGCCCUCCCCGCUCUGCCUGACCCCAGGCCCCUUCCUACUUGGCAUGCUUUCCCAGCUGCCACGCUGUCAGUCAUCUGUGCCAGCCCUGGCCCACCCCACUCGCCUCCACUAUCUCCUGCGCCUGCUGACCUUCCUUCUGGGUCCCGGGGCCGGAGGGGCAGAAGCCCAGGGGAUGCUGGGGCAGGCCCUGCUGCUCUCCAGCCUCCCAGACAACUGCUCCUUCUGGGAUGCCUUCCGCCCUGAGGGCCGCCGCAGCGUGCUUCGGACAGUCGGGGAGUACCUGGAGCAGGAAGAGCAGGGGACCCUGCUGGACUUUGAACCCUCUGGCAGCCUGCACUCAAGUCUAAGCAAAAUGGAGCUGCUGUCCUGCUUCAGUCCUGUGCUGUGGGAUCUGCUCCAGAGGGAGAAGAGUGUGUGGGCCCUGCAGAUUCUGAUGCAGGCGUACCUGCACAUGCCUCCAGAAAAUCUCCAGCAGCUCGUGCUUUCAGCAGAAACAGAGGCUGCUCAGGGCUUCUUGACACUCAUGCACCGUUCCUGGGCCCAGCUGCAGGUCCCACCAUCAGAGGAGCAAGCCCUGGGUCGCCUGACAGCUCUGCUGCUCCAGAGGUACCCUCGCCUCACCUCCCAGCUCUUCAUUGACCUGUCACCACUCAUCCCCUUCCUGGCCGUCUCUGACCUAAUGCGCUUCCCACCAUCCCUGUUGGCCAACGACAGCGUUCUGGCUGCCAUCCGGGAUUACAGCCCAGAAAUGAGGCCUGAGCAGAAGGAGGCUCUGGCCAGGCGACUGCUAGCUCCGGAGCUGUUUGGGGAAGUGCCCGCCUGGCCCCAGGAGCUGCUGUGGGCAGUGCUGCCCCUGCUCCCCCACCUCCCUCUGGAGAACUUCCUACAGCUCAGCCCUCACCAGAUCCAGGCCCUGGAAGACAGCUGGCCGGCGGCAGGUCUCGGGCCAGGACACGCCCGGCACGUGCUGCGCAGCCUGGUGAAUCAGAGCGUGGAGGACGGGGAGGAGCAGGUGCGCAGGCUGGGGCCUCUCGCCUGUUUCUUGACCCCUGAGGAGCUGCAGAGCCUGGUACCGUUGAAUGAUCCCAUGGGGCCGGUGGAACGGGGUCUGCUGGAAUGUGCUGCGAACGGGACUCUCAGCCCACAAGGGCGGGUGGCAUAUGAACUUCUGGGGGUGCUGCGUUCAUCUGGAGGCGCAGUGCUGAGCCCCCGAGAGCUGCGGGUCUGGGCACCCCUCUUCCCCCAGCUGGGUCUCCGCUUCCUGCAGGAGCUGUCCGAGCCGCAACUUAGAGCCCUACUUCCAGCCCUGCAGGGAACCAGCGUCACCCCUGCCCAGGCUGUUCUGCUUCUUGAACGGCUUCUCCCUCGACAUGAUCUGUCCCUCGAGGAACUCUGCUCCUUGCACCCUCUGCUGCCAGGCCUCAGCUCCCAAACACUCCAGGCCAUCCCUCGGAGAGUGUUGGUGGGGGCCUGUUCCUGCUUGGCCCCCGAACUGUCGCGCCUCUCAGCCUGCCAGACGGCUGCUCUGCUGCAGGCCUUCCGCGUGAAAGAUGGAGCAAAAAAAGUGGGUACAGCAGGGGCUGGUGCAGCUGUGUGUAUCCCUGGUCAGCAGCCCGUCCCCACCACCUGGCCAGAGUGCCUGCUGCCCCUGCUCCCGCUGAAGCUGCUGCAGGUGGACUCCGCGGCUCUCCUGGCUGACCGAAGGCGCUACCGGCAGCUGCUCUGGUCUGAGCAGCAGUCGCAGUUUCUCUGGAAGAAGAUGCAGGUGCCCACCAACCUGACCCUCAGGAAUCUGCAGGCUCUGGGAACCCUGGCAGGGGGCAUGUCCUGUGAGUUUCUGCAGCAGAUCAACUUGAUGGCAGACUUUCUCGAAGUGGUUCAUAUGAUCUAUCAACUGCCCACUGGGGUUCGAGGAAGCCUGAGGGCCUGUAUCUGGGCAGAACUACAAAGGAGGCUGGCAAUGCCAGAGCCAGAGCCAGCAACCCUGGGGCCAGAACUGAGCGGGCUGGACACCAAGCUCCUUCUGGACUUACCGGUCCGGUUGAUGGACAGAUUGUCCAAUGAAUCUGUCAUGUUGGUGGUGGAGCUGGUGCAAGGGGCUCCCGAGCAGCUGCUGAGCCUGACCCCACUGCACCGGACAGCCCUUGCAGAGAAGGUGUUACGAAACCUGGCACCAAAGGAGAGAGAAGUCUCACGGGAAGUGCUGGAGGCAUUGGGCCCCUUAGUUGGAUUCUUGGGCAUCGAGAGCACAAGGCGGAUCCCACUCCAUAUCCUCCUGGCCCAUCUCAGCCAGUUGCAAGCCUUCUGCCUAGGGGAGCCAUUUGCUACAGAGCUGGGCUGGCUGCUGUCCCAGGAAGCUGUUCUUGGGAAACCAGAGUUGUGGAGCCAGGAUGAAGUUGAGCAAGCUGGACGCCUAUUAUUCACUCUGUCUGCUGAGGCUCUUUCCUUGAUUCCCAGGGAGGCCUUGGGCCCUGAGACCUUGGAGCGUCUCCUAGAGAAGCAGCAGAGCUGGGAGCGAAGCCGAGUCGGACAGAUGUGUGGGGGGCCCCAGCUCACUCCCAAGAAAACGGCCCUGGUUGCUGGAAUUGUGCGACCUGCUUUGGAUGAUCUUCCAGAACCUGUGCCAGAUUGUGCGGAUGUGCGGGGCACUUUCCCUGCAGCCUGGUCUGCAGCCCAGAUUGCAGAGAUGGAGCUCUCUGAUUUUGAGGACUGCCUGGCAUUGUUUUCGGUGGACACAGGACUUGGACCUGAGGAACUCCGGGCAGCGAUGAACAAGGCAAAGCAGUUGUGGGGUCCCCCCCGGGGAUUCCGUCCUGAGCAGAUCCUGCAGCUGGGUCGGCUUUUAAUAGGUUUAGGAGAACGGGAGCUGCAGGAGUUGAUGCUGGUGGACUGGGGAGUACUGAGCACGCUGGGGCAGAUAGACGGCUGGAGCUCUGGCCAGCUCCGGGUGGUGGUGUCCAGUUUCCUGCGGCAGAGUGGUCGGCACGUGAGCCACCUGGACUUCCUUCAUUUGACUGCGCUGGGCUACACGCUCUGCGGACUGCGGCCAGAGGAGCUACAGCAUAUCAGCAGCUGGGAGUUUAGCCAAGCAGCCCUGUUCCUUGGCAACUUGCGUCUCCGGUGCUCUGAGGAGCAGCUGGAGGUUCUGGCCCAGCUCCUGGUGCUGCCUGGAGGUUUUGGCCCAGUUAGUGACUGGGGGCCCGAGAUCUUCACUGAAAUUGGCACAAUCGCAGCUGGGAUCCCUGACCUGGCUCUUUCAGCUCUACUGCGGGAACAGAUCCAAGGCCUUACACCUCUUGCUGUUUCUGUCAUUCCUGCUCCUAAAUUUGCUGUGGUGUUCAACCCUGCACAGCUAUCCAGUCUCACCAGUGUCCAGGCAGCAGCAGUCACUCCUGAGCAAAUGGCCUUUUUGAGUCCUGAGCAGCGGCGAGCAGUGGCAUGGGCCCAACAUGAGGGGAAGGAGAGCCCAGAACAGCUGGGUCGAAGCACAGCCUGGGGCCUCCAAUGGCCACGACCCUUUUGGGCCCUUGCAUUGAUCAUCUGCUUCCUCAGCAACCUGCUAUGA